AUGAAGGGGAUAGGGCUGCACCGGGACUCCGCUUCCGAGUCUUGGCUGCGGCCAAAACAUCGAACGGCGUCCAAAUCUGCUUACAUCUUCUCUCUCGUCAUUUCCACGUUCCCUAACUUACCGUUGAAAGGCUGUUCUUCAAAAGUCGCUGGUAAUAGCCCAGUGACCUGUUGCGGCCAUGUUCCAGGUGCGCUCCCCUUCCUCCGCAAUCUCCUCUAUUCCGCCGUUCUGGGGUCUGGGCGCCUCCGCGACGCCAUCGACUCGCGCAUCGCAGAGGAACAGGCCCGCCAGAAAACUGCCCAGGAGAACCUUUCUCGAUCCAACUCAAAUCGUCGUCCUCCGGCCAGCCGUCGCCCGCCACGUACUCCGACAAGUGGCACCCCCGUUCGCGGCCCCGACCCGAAAGAGUUUGAGGCGGAGUUCGCCAUUGGGGAUGACGAUGAGUCAAGCCGGGUUACCACGCCCCGUGUAGAGACCCCGGAGUCCGGUGCGAAAGAGUCUCCUGACACCACGGAAGCCGCCGACCGCAAGGAGACCGAUGCAUCGACAUCCACUACUGAGCCUGCGGCUGAUGCGCCGGAGAAAGAGAAGGGAAAGGGGAAGGAGAAAGACGCAUCUGCACCUGCUACUUCAGGAGAAUCGGGUGAAGCGGCACCGCAAGAGCUUCCCUCAGAUGUCAAGGCAAGAUUAAGGAGGCUUGAUAAAUUGGAGUCACGGUAUCAUGAGCUUCUCAAAGCAUACCGAACGGCGCACUCGCGCGUACUCUCAAUCGAACCCUUCGAAGCUGCCCUUCGCGAGAACACACCGCUCACCUCUAUUGGCGAACCUAAGGCUUUCACGGAGUACUUGAAUCAGAUGUCGCUCAAGAGUGAUAUGGUUCUAGAGGAACUCAAGCGUGUAACGACCGAGCGAGACGACUUCAAGAAAAAGGCGGACGAAGCUCAAAAAUCCGCAAAGGAUGCACUGGACGAGGUUACUGGCCUGAAGAAGCAAGCGGAGGCAAAGCAGACAACUCCGCCUGACGAGAAGAAGGACGCCAGUGAGGAAUUCUUCUCAUUUGAUAAUGAGGUUCCGCGACUGGAGGGUGAAUUGAAGGAAAAGCAAGACGAGGUCGACAGCCUGACUUCCGAAGUUGAAAAGCUCAAGCGUGACUUGUCAGUCACGCGAGAGUCGACAGAAGGUAUGGCUCAGAACUUGGAAACUGCUACGCGGGAGUUAGUCGAGCUGCGUGACGCCAAGGACAAGCUGGAGGGCGAACUGGACAACUUGCGUACCGCCCACGGCACGGAACUCGCCCAAUCGAAAGCUUUGUCUGAGAAAACCACAAGCGACCUCGAAGCUGCUACUAUAUCUCUCGACCAGGUCAAGGAGGAGCUCGCGACAAAGAACAAAGAGAUCGAGAAGUUGCGCACCCAGCUUGAUGAAGCUGAGAAGGACAGCUCGGGCUCCCAGGCUGCUGAACAGCUCGAAAAGAUCACCAAGGAAAGGGAAGCUAGUGAGCAGAAGAUGGGUGUCCUUCAAACUCUUGUAGACAAUCUUCGAUCCCAGCUGAGAGACGCCGAGUCUUCCUUGACAGACCUGAAGGCCGAGGUCAGUCAGAAAGCUGAACGCUCGACCCAGCUUCAAAAGCUGGUUGACUUUGUGGAUGAGGGUCUGAAAGGCAACGAUGCCUGGAAGGCCGCCAAAGAGUCUGUGUCUGCAGGACACACCGCCGAUUUUGACACCAUUCGCAACAGCAUAGCCCCUGCACCGACCCCUGCGGGUAAGGAGCCUGAGCCUAUUGUUACUAUCCCCGAUGAUGAUGCGCAAUCUACUGCAGGUGGAAAUACAGGGGCGAGCACGGGCGGUGGCAAGAAGAAGAACAAGAAAAAGAAGAAGGGUGGCAAGGCUGCUGAAGACCCAGUGAAGCCAGCUGAACCAACUCCCGCGGAACAGCCCGCAAAGAAAGAGGAGUCUGCAGCAGAUUCAGUUCCUGCUGCGGAAGUGAGCGAAUUGAAACAGAGAAUCGAUUCGCUGACUCAACAGUUGUCUGAGAAGGAGUCAGCAAUUGAUAGGUUGAGCGCAAAGCUGAAGGGCGAAGAGGACCUAAAGGAAGAGAUUGAGUCUCUGCGAGAGGAUCUUGUCAAUGUCGGACAAGAGCACGUGGAGUCAAAAGAUAAGAUCAAGGUGCUAUCUGCUGAGAAGUCUGCGCUCGAAGAGACCAUUAGCAGACUGGAGAAGGAGCUUGUUGACCUUCGAACGAGCACUGAAUCAAGCAGUGCCGACUCGGAGAAGACACAUAACUCUCUCAAGGAGGAAUUCGAGGGACUCAAGGUACGAGCGGCCACUCUGGAGACGGACCUCUCCGCUGCACAGCAAUUGGCCACUACGCGAUUCAAGGACCUCACGGACCUUCGUGAAACCCUUCAAAGGAUCCAGCCCGAGCUGCGGAACUUACGGGCUGAAUCCUCAGAGCUCAAGUCAUUGAAGGAUACGCUCGCCGCUAAGAAUAGUGAAUUGAGAACUCUGGAGACUAAGCACGAGGAUUUGCGAGCGGAGCUGAAGUCUUCCAAGGGCAAAAUCUCAGAACGAGACUCGGAAAUCAGUACUCUGAACAAGAAGAUCCGACAGGAGACCGAUAGUCGAAAAAUGAGCAGUGACCUCAACAAGGCCCAGGAUGGGCUCAAGAACUCCCGCGCUAAGAUCCGCGACCUAGAAGAACAGAUCUCCCAGUUGAACAAAGACCUGUCUAGCCUCCGAGAGGAGAUGCAGCUCAAGACCGCGCAGCAUGCCAGCGCCCAGAGUUUGAUGAACAACAUGCGGGACCAGACCGCUGAGAUGGCGAUGCAGAUGAAGGAAGCGCGGGAGAAGUGUGACAGCUUAGAGGAGGAGCUCGCCGAUGCGCAUCGUCUCCUCAGCGAACGCACUCGUGAAGGAGAGACCAUGCGCCGUCUGCUGAAUGAUAUCGAGGGUCGGGCCGAGGCCAAGGUCCGAGAUUUUAAAGAGCGCAUGGAGGCAGCGGUUGAAGAGCGGGAUCGUGCCGAGGAUGAGGCUAGCACUCAAGCUCGUCGCCGAGCUCGAGAAGUAGAAGAUCUCAAGGCGAAAGUGCGCGAGGCAGAACGAGCAUUGCGCACCGCCGAAGAGGACAAAGAAGAUCUGGAACGUUCCCAGAAGGAUUGGCGCCGCCGUCGUGAUGAGUUGGAGGCGCUUUCGGAACGAUCGACUCAAGAGCUCACCGAGGUUCGGGAGGCCAUGUCCAUUCUGCGUGAGCAACUCGAUGGGAGCGAGAAACAGGUCCGUGACCUUGAAAAGGAGAAGGCCGAGCUUCGUCGCUCCGUGGAAGAGACCAACAACCGGCUCGAGAAACUGCGCCGGUCCCACAAAACACUCGGCGAAGAUGUCCGUCUGCGUGGGCUGGAUGUUUCUGGCCGCCAGUCUUCGCGUUCAUCUAUGGACUCUGGUUCCCGCCGUGGUCCUGUUUCGCCUUCUCCCCAAGACCGGAGUGGAUCCCGUCCGGGUGAGGCUCCUUCGGCCGGAGGAGCUAGUACUCAGUCCAUUGACUACAUGUACUUGAAGAACGUCUUGCUUCAAUUCAUGGAGCAAAGAGACAAGAACUACCAAAAGCAGCUUAUCCCCGUGUUGGGCAUGCUGCUUCAUUUCGACAGAAACGACGAGCAGAAGUGGAUGUCGGCCAUUAUGUCUUCUAAGUAA